UCUCGCGAGAGUUGCUUUUGCGCGCGAACUCUAAGUGCCCGGGUCCCGGGGUCGGGGCGCGGCUAGUGGCUGUGCAGGUCCCUCGGGGCCGCGACGAUCCCAGCGGACCCGCACACCUUUAUCACCCCGCCAUGGAGACCUCAGCGCAGCAGGAGCAGCGGCAGCCCGCGGCGGCCAAGAUCAGAAACCUGCCCUGGGUUGAAAAGUACCGGCCACAGACACUGAAUGAUCUGAUUUCUCAUCAGGACAUUUUGAGUACCAUUCAGAAAUUUAUUAGUGAAGAUCGCCUGCCCCACCUGCUUCUCUAUGGUCCUCCAGGGACGGGAAAGACCUCCACCAUCCUAGCCUGUGCGAAACAGCUAUACAAAGAUAAGGAAUUUGGCUCCAUGGUCUUGGAGCUGAAUGCUUCAGACGACCGAGGAAUAGAUAUCGUUCGGGGGCCAAUCCUGAGCUUUGCUAGCACAAGGACAAUAUUUAAGAAAGGCUUCAAACUAGUGAUCCUGGAUGAAGCUGACGCCAUGACUCAAGACGCCCAGAAUGCCUUGAGGAGAGUGAUUGAGAAAUUCACUGAGAAUACCAGAUUCUGCCUCAUCUGUAACUACCUGUCAAAGAUCAUCCCCGCCCUGCAGUCCCGGUGUACCAGGUUCCGAUUUGGCCCCCUGACUCCUGAACUCAUGGUCCCCCGCCUGGAGCACGUCAUAGAAGAAGAGAACGUGGACCUAAGUGAGGACGGGAUGAAGGCCCUCGUGACCCUUUCCAGCGGGGAUAUGCGGAGGGCUCUGAACAUUCUGCAGAGCACCAACAUGGCCUUCGGGAAGGUGACGGAGGAGACGGUCUACACCUGCACUGGGCACCCCCUCAAGUCCGACAUUGCCAACAUUCUGGACUGGAUGUUGAAUCAAGACUUCACCACAGCCUACAGGAGUAUCCUUCCUCGGGUGCUGCCGACGGUGCGGGGUGUACGUGAGGCCCGAGCUCGGCCCAGGAGUCCAGGCUGCAGCCGGCGUCUACACCCUGCUGGCCAGACGUUGACUUUCCAUCUUCAGUUCGAGUACAUUUAUUGACCAAAAUGGCAGACAUAGAGUACAGACUCUCUGUUGGCACCAACGAGAAGAUUCAGCUGAGUUCCCUCAUUGCCGCUUUCCAGGUCACCAGGGACCUGAUUGUCACAGAGGCCUAACUGCUAAGCCUGUUUGCUGCGAUUCGCAGGCCCCACGGUGACUGGACAACAGGGGACUGAGUUACGGCUGAGGACUGAAGCCCCGAUCGCCCCAAGCUUUGGAAAACCCUGUUCCAGGCCUGGGUGGGCAAAGGUUUAAAAAGUACUGUGUUUGUGGCCGUUUGGAGCAGGUACAAAACAGUUUUAACGCCCAGCUCUCUUACUGCUGCCCACUUGUGUCUUAGGGCGGAAAAGAAGGCGCAAAGAGAUUUUUUUUCUUUUAGCCUUAAAGCUUUUAUCAUUCCGUUGCUUGGAUGACAGGAAAUUUGCCUGCCCCAUUUUUGGUCUAGAACCUAAGGCUUCCCAAUCUCCCGUGGUGCCAAUGUUUUCUAACUCAAGGUAAACAGAACAGCUCCACAACUAAGUGCAUAAACCUAAUUUGCGGCCCGGUCUCUGGAUCUGCUUUAAACAGGUGUCAAUGAAAAAAAAAAAAAAAAGGUGUGCGUCGAUUUCUGGCCCAAACUAUUGUACUCCUAUAAACGGGCUCAGUUAACUGUC